AUGCCAGAGACAAUGCGCGCAGUGCAAGUUCUCGGGGACAAGUCGGCGCCUCAGCUCAGCUUCGUGAGGACCGUCCCCGUGCCCUCUGCGACCAGCGACGAGGUGCUGGUCCGCAUAUCGGCCGCGGGCAUCACCGCCGACGAAAUUUCAUGGCCAGAACUCUACGAGUCCAACCGUGUCCCUGGUCACGACAUCGCCGGUACAGUGAUUUCUGUCGGGCCCGACUACAAGGGCAGCGUCAAGUCCGGCGACGAAAUAUUCGCCAUGAUCAAGGCCGCGACCCGAGCCGGCGGCCAGGCGGAUUUCGUGGCCGUGGGCGGCAACGAUGUGGCGCGCAAACCCGCGCGCCUCUCCAUGGGCGAGGCGGCGGCACUGCCCAUCCCGGUCCUGACAGCAUGGGAGGCCCUGCACGAGCACACGACGAUUCAAAAGGGGGACAGAGUCCUGGUUACGGGCGCGUCGGGCGCGGUCGGUACCAUGCUGGUGCAGAUUGCGAGCAAGGUGCUCGGCGCCGAGGUGACGGCCCUCGCGUCUGCCAAGAGCCACGCACACCUGCAGAGUCUUGGGGCCAGCCACUGCAUCGACUACCACGCCACGGGCUGGGAAUCGCGCGUGGGCGCCGUCGACGCCGUCUUUGACACGGUCGGGAGCGACGUCUACCGGAAGAGCUGGCGCAGCUUGCGACAGGGUGGCACCAUGGUCACCGUCGCCGAUCCGCCCCCGGAAUGGGCGUUUAGCGGCGGCAAGCCAGAGGAGCUGGCGGGGAAUCCGGAUGCCAAAUUUGUGUACUUUAUCGUGACCGCCAGCGGCGAGCGUCUGGGCGCGACGGCGUCGUUGUUUGACAGCGGGGUGCUGAAACCGCUGCCCGUGGUCGAGUUUGAGGCGGACGAUGCGUUGCAGGCGUGGAAGUAUGCCGGGCAGCGGGGGAAAGACGGAAAGGCAGUCAUCAAAUUUACUUGA